AUGCGGGUUUGGAUCUGAUUUAGGAAAUCUCGAAAGCUUUCACUCUCAUUCAUUUGACAGCAGUUAAUAAAUAGGAUCAUGAAUCCCUCGUGGGCAAGCUCAACAGGUAAGGCCUCUGACUCUGAUCAGGCUGGGUUACCCAUCUCUGAUUAAAGCAUUUUGGGGCCACAGGAGAUUCAUCCAGCUAAUAAUUCCCUGCAAUGUUAGCUAACUCAGUGAUCGAUCUGCAAGCUGACAGAAUCGAGCGGCCUUGGAUGAUAUAGUCAACGUCGACACGGGAGUGCCAUGAUUUGAUUUUUUUUUUUUUUAUUUUAUUGUUUUAAAAACAGUACUUAAAUUUUGUACUGUCCAUAAAUUUUCUCUAUCGUCCAUCCACCACUGUGGCCUGGCGUUGCUCCCUCUCCAUGUAUUCUCCAUGGCCGAAAAGCCUCUAUAAAUAGCUUAUCGUCUCCCCUGCAGUUGCCAUCCUCAACUGAUACGCUCGGCCUCAGGGAGAAGAAGAAGAAAGACGAAUUAGAGAGAAGGCAACAAUGGGGAAGAGCAGCGGGAAGAGGCAGUACAACGGGGUGCGGCGGCGGAGCUGGGGCUCGUGGGUCUCCGAGAUCAGGGCGCCGCUCCACAAGACCCGUAUCUGGCUCGGCUCCUACUCCACCCCGGACGCCGCCGCCCGCGCCUACGACGCUGCUCUCCUUUGCCUCAAGGGCUCCUCCGCCGCCACCUUCAACUUCCCCGCCGCCCUCCCUCGCGGCCGCCUCAUCGCCCCCUCCUCCAUAUCCCCCAAGUCCAUACAAAAACUCGCCGCUGCCGCUGCCGCAGCCACCAUGGUCACCAACACUCCUCCUCUUACUACUACUACUAGAACUACAUCAUUUCCUUCCGACUCCGACGAGGUUCAGUACCGGUCCGUUGACGUGCCGGCGACCUACAGCUCCACGACGUCAACGACGAGUGAGAAGAAGGAAGUGGUAGUGGAUGAAUCUUGGGUGGAUCUCGGAGCGAUAGUGCAGUCGCCGAAGAACGUGGACGACGAUCGAUUUGUAGUAUCUUCUAGUUACUGGCCGGAGGAGUGGGAGGAGGAGAUGGCUGCCGGCGACAUGAACCUUUGGAGCUUCUGCUAGAGACGACGAUCACAAGAUGUUUCUCUCUGUGUUGAUUUAUUCGUUCUACUUGUUCGUGGAGAUCAUAAAUUUGAAUAUAAUAUAUCGAUCGAUUCAACUAGAACUUAAUUAAUUUGUUCGAAUAAAGCCACAAUUCUGUGGCAACUUAUUGUUAGAGAAGAAAGAUUCAUCAUGUUUCGUUUCUCUUUUUCAGUUCUUUUGGCACUCUGAAUA